AAGACGUAUUUGAUCAUGAUUCUCCCCCUACUGUACCCAUGGCAACAACAUCACAUCCUAACAACGUCACUUCGGUAUACACCAUUGUCCACAGAACAUGCGGUUGAGGAAAGCCUCGUCCCUUUAUUAAACGGAGUUCAAAUGGACCGAAGUCUGAAGAGACGUCAAGUGAAACCACUAGCUGCCUCUCUCUUAGAUGCCUUGGACUAUGACAGUUCAGACGAUAGUGACUUUGAAGUGGAGGACGCAUCAGGGUCCGAUGGCACAGGCAAUGGCAGUGAUGAAGAAGGGUCCAAAGGGAGUGCAGCAGGCUCAGAAAGUGACUCUGAAAAUGCUAUUUCUGGAAAUGAUGGUAUAGAUGAGGAGGCCAAAGAUGUGGCUGUUGAUGACAACUUAACAGAAGAUGAGGAGAAACUUAAGCAGCAGCUGUCUGAGGACAGCUCCACCAAAGACAUCCCGUCUGCCACUCCAUCCAAAGGUCGAAGGAAAAGCAAGAAGACUUCGGAGCCAGAGAGCGCUGCAGCUGGAGAAACUGAAUCUACCUCAACAUCUGGUGGUGGCGUUGUCACUGUGGAUGAGUCUCUGACUGAGCCCAAGAAAUGGAAUUUCCGCAGGAAUCGUCCCCACCUGGACUUCACCACCAUGGAAGAACUGAAUGAGAUAGAUGAUUAUGACAGUGAAGACGAUAAUGACUGGAGGCCCACUGCAGAGAAGAGGAAAGGCAAAACAUCAACUCAGAAGGGUGGAACGGAGGAAGAAGAGGGAGCUAGUGUUAGUGAAGAUGAUGAUGACGAUGAUGAUAAUGAUGAUGAUGAUGAGGACGAUGAUGAAGAUGAUGAGGGCAAGGACAAUGGUGAUGACAUUAACAAUAGUAGCAGUGACAGUGACAAAGAAAUGAAGAAGCCCAAGAAGAAGGUGAAGAGUACCAAUGCUUUUGAUGAUGAACUGACCAAUGACAGUAUGUCUCAAGGAAAGGGCAAUGAGGAUGCUUCACUUGACCGCUCGCAGACCUGGAAUACCCAGCAUAUCCUUAUAUGCUGCGUCUGCUUGGGAGACAACAGUGAGGACGCAGAUGAGAUCAUCCAGUGUGACAACUGUGGGGUCACUGUGCAUGAAGGCUGUUACGGUGUGGACGGUGAGAGCGACUCCAUCAUGAGCUCAGCCUCUGAGAACUCCACCGAGCCUUGGUUCUGCGACGCCUGCAAGAAUGGAGUGACUCCCAGCUGUGAGCUGUGCCCCAACCAGGACGGCAUCUUCAAAGAGACGGACGCCGGGAGGUGGGUGCAUGUGGUCUGUGCACUUUAUGUCCCUGGAGUAGCGUUUGGAGACAUCGAUAAACUGCGACCAGUGACGCUUACGGAGAUGAAUUAUUCAAAAUACGGUGCUAAGGAGUGCAGUUUCUGUGAGGAUGCCCGUUUUGCCAGGACCGGUGUGUGCAUCAGCUGUGAUGCAGGAAUGUGUCGAUCCUACUUUCACGUCACCUGUGCACAGAGGGAGGGGCUUUUGUCCGAGGCUGCAGCAGAAGAGGAUAUUGCUGAUCCAUUUUUUGCAUACUGCAAGCAGCAUGCAGAUCGCUUUGACAGGAAGUGGAAAAGGAAGAAUUAUUUGGCUUUACAGUCAUAUUGUAAGGUCUCUCUACAGGAGAGAGAGAAGCAGCUCACUCCUGAGGCUCAGGCCCGUAUCACCACCCGCCUUCAGCAGUACCGAGCCAAAGCAGAGCUGUCCCGGAACACUCGACCUCAGGCUUGGGUGCCCCGAGAGAAACUGCCCCGACCUCUGACCUCCAGCGCCUCAGCCAUCAGGAAGUUGAUGAGGAAGGCAGAACUGAUGGGCAUCAGCACUGACAUUUUCCCUGUGGACACUUCAGAUGCCAACGCCAGCAUGGACGGACGCAGGAAGCACAAGCAGCCGGCCCUCACUGCGGACUUCGUCAACUACUACCUGGAGCGGAACAUGCGAAUGAUCCAGAUCCAGGACAACAUCUCUGAGCAGAAGAACCUGAAAGACAAACUGGAAAGUGAGCAAGAAAAACUGCAUGUGGAGUACAACAAGCUCUGCGAGUUUCUGGAGGAUCUGCUGAGUGUGAACGGAACCCUGCGGAGUGAAGGCCAGGCCAUGUGGACACUGCUGGGCGGCAUUGUGGGCCAGAAACUGAACACUCCAGCAAUUCUGAAAGCUCCAAAGGAGAGGAAGCCCAGCAAGAAGGAAGGAGGAACACCGGGGAAGUCAUCCAGCCUUCCAGCAAUUCUUUACAGCUGUGGGAUCUGUAAGAAGAACCAGGACCAACAUCUGCUGGUCCUGUGCGACACUUGCAAACUCUACUACCACCUGGGCUGCCUGGAGCCUCCUCUGACCCGGAUGCCCAAGAAGACAAAGAACAGCUACUGGCAAUGCUCCGAGUGUGACCAGGCCAGCAGUGAUGAAGCUGACAUUGCUAUGGAGACGCUGCCUGACGGCACCAAGAGGUCUAGAAGGCAGAUCAAAGGACCGAUCAAGUUCAUCCCUCAGGAGAUGUCUCCAGAGCCCAAGAAGCAGCAAGUGAGAGGCACAAGAACCAGGGGCCAGAAGAGAAAGAGAGUUCCUAUCACUGAAGAACGAGAAGAGAAAGUUGAGGAACCACUGCCACGGGAACGCAGACAACGCCAGUCUGCGGUGCAGAAAAAACCCAAAGCUGAUGACACAAGAACCGAGUGUUCGACUUGCAAAGGACCAGGCGACAAUGAAAAUCUAGUGAGGUUGUGAGAGCCGGGGCAGCCACCUCACCUCCCAUAAAAUGUCGGGACUGAUGGCCGUUGGCUUAGAGACAGAGGGGCAAAUUGAGGCUCGAGUCAGAAGGAAGAACCACACCUUCCCAUCGCUUCGGCAAGCACGUCUGAACCAAACUGGACCAGCAGCUGUCCAACCAACAAUUUUACCUGAACUUUUGGAUCUGAAAACAUUGAACCCUGAAUGCUUACGUUUAUUUUCAUUCUUUUGGUAGUUUGGGGCUUGUACAUACUGACAGCAUCUUAGUGGAUUAUUGUGUGUUAAAGUUCCUUCAGUAUAAUACUUGUUUCUGUUGGUAAAGGAUUUUUUUAUUGAUAUAAUUAAUUGUAUUUGGCAGGAAAAUAUUUGUUAUUGUAUUGUUAGAGUUAUUGAUUUACCCUCUGAUGCUAUUCAUUUAUAGCUAGAUCACAGAGGAUUUAGAUUGUUGUUUCACCUUAAAACAAGUCAACAGGAGAUUUUUCGGAUUGCAGUCUGGUGAGUUUGGUUGACAGUGAGGAACCAACGUAGUCCCCAGCUGCUGAACAUUUCUUCAGCAGCUCAACCCUCCCCUCUCUUCCUCUGCCAAAAACCGAUUGUCUUUAAAAUCAACGUGAGAUUUUUCUGCCUUUUUUUUGCCUGUCUGACCUUCUAAUCAGUUGUAAUCAGUAUUAUUGAUUGAAUUCCAAUGCCAAUCACCCAUAGCAACUCGGCAUGAGUAAUUAGACCACUUGAGCCGUGGCUUUCUAGGUUUUCCUGUGUUGUGAUUUAGUUUGAAGUAUGCUGAGGACCACAAGAAAAGAAAAGUCUGGUCCAUUUAGUAAAGCACUGAACUAAUGCUACUGCAGUAGGAUCAGGUUAGUUGUAGUUUGCAGCAGCAUCAUUUAGAUGUUAGUCUGAAUGUGUUUAGAGUGAUUGAACAUGAAGAAGUCUUCCAGUGUGUCAAUAUGUUUAAGUGACAGCUGAACAGACCUGUCCUCAGAGAUGUGGCCGGGUUGGUCUCCAUGUCUCCACUCGCUGGCCUGACUGGGCUCAUGACAGCAGUCACAUCUUGGCCUCAUGUGUCACUCUGUUCCCCGUUCUGGACCCAUAUAUGCAUGCUUUAGGGAGCCAUCAGUCCAGUUAGCUGAAGGAAUCAAGCAGCUGCAGAAAAUCUGUUUGCUGCCCAUUUCUGUUUGAGCUCUAAGAUGCAUGACAAUGUAUUUGCAUAGAUUAGGUAAAUAUUACACAACUUCCAACUUAGUGAUGUGAUCUUACAGAAGUCUGAAUGCUAGGUAGUGUGAUGAUGUGUACAGUAUUUAUUGAAGAGGCUGAACUGUCUUUUUGUUUUGUGCCUGUGCAGCUUCUUAAACAUGGAUCAUAUCUUGUGUUGUGAAAUCUGAUUUGUGACGUAGCCAUGAGACAUGAGACUGCGUCUUCUUUGCCAAACAUUUGUUUACAGUGAUGCUUUUGAGGGAACAUUUUGAUCUCUGCUGUACUGUAACAUGAAGUAAGAGUGUGAAUGUUGCUUCUGCUGUCUAUGUCAUGUGUCUCAGCGUCUGGCCUUUAGCUCUUGGAAAUUAAGUGGCGCUUUAAUAAACUCUUGAUUUUUUUCACCUUA